AAUGAGCCUUGGUUUAUGCGAUUAAAUGCGUCUGGAGAAGUCCCUGUGCUCAUUCACAGAGAAAACAUAAUUUGUGAUGCAACUCAGAUUAUUGACUAUCUUGAAGAGACUUUUGUGAAUGAAACAGCUCCAAGGCUGAUGCCAGAAGAGGGAAGCAUGUACUAUCCCAGGGUGCAACACUACAGAGAGCUUUUGGAUUCCUUACCUAUGGAUGCUUAUACACAUGGCUGCAUUUUGCAUCCCGAAUUAGCAGUAGACUCUAUGAUCCCAGCUUAUGCAACAACUAGAAUUCGUAGUCAAAUAGGUAAUACUGAAUCUGAAUUAAAGAAGCUUGCCAAAGAAAACCCAGAUCUGCAAGAUGCAUAUAUAGCAAAGCAGAAACGUCUCAAAUCUAAACUGAUGGAUCAUGAUAACAUAAAAUAUUUAAAGAAAAUAUUGGAUGAGCUGGAAAAAGUUUUGGAUCAAGUUGAGACUGAAUUGCAAAGAAGAAACGAAGAGACACCAGAAAAUGGACAGCAGCCAUGGCUCUGUGGUGAGUUUUUUAGCUUGGCUGAUGUGUCUCUUGCUGUUACAUUGCAUCGGCUGAAGUUCAUUGGACUGGCAAGGAGAAACUGGGGAAAUGGAAAGCGACCUAACUUGGAGGUUUAUUAUGAGCGCGUCUUGAAGAGAAAAGCAUUUCACAAGGUUUUGGGACACGUUAACAACAUAUUAAUCUCAGCAGUUCUUCCAACUGCAUUUCGAGUGGCCAAGAAGAGAGCACCAAGGUUUUUUGGCACAACUCUUUUGGUUGGUUUCUUAGCAGGAAUAGGGUAUUUUGCUUUUGUGUGUCUCCGGAAAAGGUUUCCCAACAUGCUGUUAUCCAUUAGAGCAAGGCAAAGUUAUCUGUAG